UCCAGUGUAGUAUUAUAAAGACAACAACUUCCCAAGCAUUCUGAUCACUUCAAGUUUGCCAAACCUGCUGGUUAAGAGUGACCUCCAUUGCAGAUCGAUUGAAUGUAGACUUCGCCCUCAUUCACAAGGAGCGCAAGAAGGCCAAUGAAGUAGAUCGCAUGGUGCUGGUGGGUGAUGUGAAAGACAGAGUGGCCAUUCUGGUAGAUGAUAUGGCAGACACAUGUGGUACCAUCUGUCAUGCUGCAGACAAGCUUGUGUCAGCUGGAGCCACCAAAGUUUAUGCCAUCUUAACUCAUGGGAUCUUUUCUGGGCCAGCAAUUUCUCGGAUCAACAAUGCGUGUUUUGAGGCAGUUGUAGUCACAAAUACAAUACCCCAGGAGGACAAGAUGAAGCAGUGCCCUAAAAUCCAGGUGAUUGACAUCUCAAUGAUCCUGGCAGAGGCCAUCAGGAGGACUCAUAAUGGGGAAUCUGUCUCCUACCUAUUCAGCCAUGUCCCUUUAUAACAGAUGCCAGCUGCUGCUUGUAUGGCUUUUUUUUAAAACCAAAAGUUGUUCAGCUUGUAAAGUUCAGUAGAAGACUCUGCUUGUUCCAGUGCAGUUCUCCACAGCUCCUCCUGCUUAAGCCAGGCUUACUGGCUCUGAUUUCAACACUGGGAGGCUGGGGGAGGGGGAAGCUCAUCUCUGUAACACUCAGCCUCCAACAGCAGCCCUGUGCAUUGGGGCUCAUCAGUAGUAUUGACUGAAUUCUGCAGAUCUGUGGAGAGCGGGACUGACAUAUGGCUAAUUGCCACUAUUAUUUGGGGUUGGGGGGGAGGG